CCGAAGUUGGAGAGCAAUGGCGGCGUGCCGGGGAUCCUCGUCGAAAUGGUUUUUUACCCGGGAGCAGCUCGAAAGCACGCCGUCCCGCCGAUGUGGAGUAGAACCAGACCGGGAGCUCUCCUACCGGCAACAAGCGGCAAAUCUGAUCCAAGAUAUGGGCCAGAGACUCAAUGUCUCUCAAUUAACAAUAAAUACAGCCAUUGUUUACAUGCAUAGAUUUUAUAUGCACCACUCUUUCACCAAAUUCCACAGGAAUACAAUAUCUCCAACCACCUUAUUCUUGGCCGCAAAAGUGGAGGAGCAACCUCGGAAACUCGAACAUGUGAUCAAAGUUGCACAUGCUUGCCUAAAUCCGCAAGAAACACCUCUAGACACAAAAAGUAAUGCAUACCUCCAGCAAGCUCAAGAGCUGGUGAUACUUGAAUCCAUAGUGCUGCAGACCCUGGGCUUUGAAAUAACUAUUGAUCACCCACACACUGAUGUGGUGAAAUGUUCCCAGCUAGUGCGAGCAAGCAAGGAUCUGGCACAGACUUCCUAUUUCAUGGCUACCAACAGUCUACACCUCACUACCUUCUGCCUCCAGUACAAGCCCACGGUGAUCUCCUGUGUGUGCAUCCAUCUGGCGUGUAAGUGGUCCAACUGGGAGAUCCCAGUUUCUACUGAUGGGAAACACUGGUGGGAGUACGUGGACAACACUGUCACUCUCGAGCUGCUUGACGAGUUGACCCAUGAGUUUCUGCAGAUCCUGGAGAAGACACCCAGUCGCUUAAAGAGGAUACGCAACUGGAGGGCAACACAAGCUGCCAAAAAGCCCAAGGGUGACACCUCUCAGUUGACUGACAACUCAUUUCCUGGGCCCUCCAUGCUCCACGAGCAAGGUGACGGACCCUCCAACACAAGUUUUUCCAAAGCUGGCGCCACCUUCAAUGUGUCCAUGGUGGGCCAGUCCGGAGCUGCACCCCUGUCUCUGGACGCCUUGGCUGGCACAUACAAUCCUGCUAGCCACAGUGAGUGGCCCCUGAGCAACCAGAGCCAAGCAGGGUACCCUUCCUCCUGUAUCAAACAGGAACCCCUCAGCAUCCCUCACCAAGACCCCACACUGUCCUUGCAAACCUCCACUUCCUCUUUGCUUCAGCAUCCUCCGAUAUACAGGAGUGACAAAACACUAGACUUCAUCCCUGUCAAACAGGAACAGAAAGGAGCUGGUGGGAGUGGAGUGGGAAAGCAUCAGCCACAACCUUCUCCUGCUCAGAAGCUGUCUCUGGACAAAUACAGAGAGAAACAUGCUGCAGAGCUGGCUGUCUCUGGGCAGAAACGCAGUCAGGAACAGCACGGAGGAGUUAUGGAUAUUGAUGCGAGGGCGGAUAUGCCAUCUUCCAUCUCUUCUACCUAUGCACCAUCCUCUACGAGCCAAGUAGACCAUAGAAAACAUUCACAACCCCACCAGACAUCCCACGGUAGUGGCGGUGGCAACACGACUGCAUCCCCAAUGAAAAUUAAAGUACCCUCCUCUUCAAAUUCAGGGCAAGAUCGACGCCAUCACAGCGACAAACGGGACAAAGGCUCGCUUAAAGUCCGCCUGGCCGUUCCUGGGUCCGGCUCCCAGCUUGACAAAAGUGGACAACCAAGCAAAGAUGAGCUUAAGAUGAAGAUUAAAGUCUCAUCAGAGCGCCACAGCUCAUCCGAUGAAGGCAUGGCGGCCAACAACAACAAGAAUAAACAUUCCAGCCCACUGGUGAGCAAGGAGAAACAACACCGUGGAGCGGACCACAAUCUCCAUCGCCACCACAAGCACAGUCACCCACACACACACAGCGGAAAUGGCGGGGGAGGCCUGUUACGGGGUCCUCCAGGACUGUCCAGCACGGAAGGGACCACGCUCGCUCCUCCCGGAUCCACCUCAUCUUCGUCCUCGUUGCGCAAGAGGGCGCACCCCGACGCCAGCCACAACCACCACCCUUCCUCCUCAUUCUCCACUUCUUGCUCCAAAGCGAGCAAAAUCUCCAAGGGUGGCACUGGUGCUGCAGGUGGGCUGCGGACCUCUCAGCAGUACCCGCCUCCUACUAGCGAAUCGCCACAUGAAUUGGGAGAGCAGAGACACUGAGUCCACCACUCUGCAGCCAUGGCCAGCACUUGGAAAUGGCAACAAACUACCCACAGCUCAGACUUUGAAGACUAUGCUCACCUCCCUGUUAAGUGCCCUAGGAAAUAACUCUUUAUGUCAUGAUAAACCCUUUACUGAAAGGCAGAAAAAAAACCUAUCUGCAAAAAAAAAAGUAUUGUUGGACUUCUCAAUUUCUGAGACACAAGAAAGAUAAAAAAAAUUAUGCUUCCUGACUGUCACAUCUCUGGGCUGUGAUGCUCAGUGUUUCUGUUAGUGUGUUGAAUUGCUGCUUGGUUCUCCUUCCUCCUCAAUCGAGUCCAGGAACGUGCAAAGGUGGGUGUGAGUGUGUUUUCAUUGCCGGGAAAGUCCAUCUCUACAUUUCACAUCUCCAUAUGGUAAAACAAAAGUAUUACAAGUACUAUAAGAGGCAUGGAAGGUGCACUUUCUUCAUUUUCUUUCUUUUUUUAAAUGACUAAUUUAAUUGAAUCACAUUUCUGCGGUUGUAUGAGGAAGCCAGUGGCCAGCUGGAGAUGAGUUCAACUUAUGUUUGCUGGCAUUCCAUUUAGUACUGUUGGUGGAUGCAAAUUUUUUUUUAGGUGUAAAGUUUCAUCUCCUCAAUUUCUUUCUCAUCUUGAUUUCUUUUUAUACUUAAGUACUGUGCGUUUGAUUUGCAUGUUUCAAUCAUCAAAGGGAUUUAAAAGGAGAACACGUACUUGCUGUUUACAGAAAGUGAGAUAAAUGUACAUACGUUUUUGUAUGUUUAAAGAAAAAAAAAGCUAUACCAUGACUACUCAGGUUUGGAGCUGCUUGUAAGUAUAACAAGAUAACUAUAAUACCUAUAAAAGACUUUUAUUUUGUUGAUCAGUGGAUUGGGCAUCGUCUGAAUGAUUGCAGCAUUCCAGUGGUGUGUGCUUCGUACGACCUUCCUACAGGGGGUGCUGUACUGUGCUUUUUCUCCAUCACAGGGAAUAUCAGUUGAUGCCCCCAGUAACACUGGCACAUCCAACACCUACUUAUCACAUCAAAGCGAUGCAAUUUGUACCAAAAAUUAUUUUUUUUGGACCUAUAAGUAGACCUUAAGCUGGAUGCCAAAGGUUGUGCCUCAAAAAGAAAAAAAAAGAACUGACAAAGACAGUAGUAGUGUGCUAUUAAAGUUUACAUAACCCUUUUUACUUUGAAGUGCAUCAGACAUUAUUUCAUAACAUAAACUGUAGCUGUUAGAUGCCAGCCCAUAAAGGGGAUACAUUUGAGUAUUAUUCAGUCAGCCAUUAAUGUGGUACUAUACAUAGAUGUUGGCUCAGUUCCAUCCCAGCUGUCAGAACAGUGACACAUUGGCCAUAUGCAACAUGACCUGCUGGAUACUUUUAAAACUCAAGUAUCUGUAAUUUGGACGGCCCUCAUAGGUUUUAUCAUGCAAGUCAUCCAAUUGGUUUAUUUCACAUAUAGAGCCAUUUAACUGUCCGGACACAUCUUCACAUCAGUUUCAUACAUUAAACUCUAUAUUGUUCUCAAAUCUUGACAUGACCGUCCCUUCUGUCAUUGACUGGGUUACUCGUUUAUUUAGGAGUGUGCAAAACCCCUGAUAACCUGUAGGCUGGAUUACUUGUUCCCUCGGUGGGGAUUAACAGUUGGGCUCACAGAGCAAAAGGCGGCUGUGGACAAAUAAUCCACUAUUUACAUCCCUUUUUUCCCCCUUUUCAUUUCAAUAUUACGAAUAAACUUCAAACUUGCCACUACCCUGACACGUAUAAACACUGGUUGUUGCUGUCAUUUUCUUUUGCAUAUAUCCACAUUACUAGAGUCUAGAAGGAAAUAAACUUGCGCAUUUGUACAUUUGAAUAUGAGGAGGUGUGCACAGUUGCUUAUAAUAAUGAAAGGGCUCGUAUGAGUGGCGUGUCUCUUAAGCACAAAUUGACAUGGCAUUAGUACUAGGUACCUUAAAGGCAGUGGUUCCUUACCUUUACUCCUUGAAGGACCCCUUUUCUACCAUUGAGUAAACUGACAGAUUUAAGUGACAUAUUCUAUGACUAUUUCAUAUUUCAAUGCAUAACAAUAACGGUAGAUUUUUGGGAUCUAGAAAUACGAGUCUAUGUGUAUAAUCUAUGAUUAAUAGGCUUCAUUUUAGACAGAGUCAGUAUUUUCUUUUUUACUCUGGCCAUUGUUCUUUAAGCUCCUUGGUUGCCUUAACUGCAUAUUUUUCUAAUGCAGGACGUGCUGUUAUGUUGAGUAAAGGCUUUGUAAAUAUAGCCUAUGUUCAGGUCUUUACUGUGACCUUAUUCUGUGACUGUGAGUGAUUUUUUUUUAUCUCGAAUCGUAAUCUUUAUAAUUUAAUAUAAUAUUUUAAAGUAUUCUUACAGCCCUUAUCAAAAUAACCCGGUACCAAGUAGUAUUCAUACUUCUCCAGUCAAAAAAUACCUGCAUUCGAUUCUUUUGGUACACAGAUGAGGAGAAAAAUCACUUACGAUUUUGCGUGUAGCCGUCACUGCAAGCAUUUUUUUAUUUAAUGCGAUGUGUGAUUGACCCACUUCCACAGCAACUGUCUGUGGUGUUGUAAAAUCAAGUGCGGUGUAUUUGAUGGAGUAGGCAGUUAAGCUUGGGUGAUAAUCCAAGAAUAAAGGUGUCGAAUGAAGAGUUA